AUGGCGACACCUACAUCUGCGUCCAACCCAGUUAUAGAAGCCUCAAACGGAGGAGAAGAUCCAGUUCAAUCUUCACGACCUGCUCUUCGAAGGCAGUCUUGUGUCGACUCUGCUGCGGAGUUCCACUCCCCAGGAUCCUUACAAGAAGAGCUGCGUAAGGCGAGGCUGUACAGGGGGCGACUUCGAUCACAGUUGCGAGACACUACUGAGCAACUGAACAACCUCAUUGUGUCAUCCGAAGAUGAUGUUCAAGUACAUGAUGUCCUUGCUGAUCGGGAGAAAGAUCUCCGGUUGGCACUGGAGGAGCAGGGUGCUUAUGUGGUGGCUCUUGAGCUACGGUAUGAUGAGCUCACCGAAAAGAACUCCCAGAUCUUGGGCCAGUCGAAGACGUUACCUUCUGUUGUCGGUGCUCUUCCUUCUGAGCUUCCAAACCAUACACCUAGCUUGAACGGGCAUCAUCUACUGAACGAUGCCAGAUUAUCGAACACACACUCGUGUGUUUCUUCAGGUCGUGACAGCGAGAUCAGCGAGUCAUACUUCCUCGGGUCGACAUGUCAGCCGACAUUGGCGACUCCAGCACCUUACCAGCAAGCAGUUCCACGGCCCGAAGCCUUCGUUAUGACUACUGGGGCACCUGUUCCGACCAGGGUCUCAGGGCAAGAUGUACGUCCAGUAGAUUCUGUUUCCAAUGUUGGUGUACCUCCUCGUAUGAGUAUUCCUAAGAAGUGUGAUUCAGCUGCCAUCGGUAAGCUGGCGAUACAGUCACUGCGAAAGAGUCAUCAAUUCUCUCAGCACGUACUUAGGAUUGAGGAGGUACUUCACGAAGCUGGUGGUGGUUUCUAUGAUGAAAAUGGAGCCUUUCAACCCCACUACUGGCUGAGGCAUGCUUGUAUUCAGAAGUUCCUUACCACACUCAACCAGUGUCCCGAGGUGAUGGAUACGGCUUCUGGUACCUAUGAUGUACGUGGUGACAAUUGGAGUGCGAUCAAGGAGGCAUGUAUCAGCGCCUACGGGCGUAGAAGUGUUUUGGUUGAGAAGCUCAACUUCAUUGUGUCUGGACUGAGAUUCAAGUCAGUGAGAGACAUUGAGUCGUACUUGAAAGAUGUAAUCGCUGCUUGUGAGAUCUAUCGAGUCGUCUACAGUACCGGAUCUACCGAUGCCCAACUGAUUCAAUUUAUGCGACAGAUUCUCUCUAAAUUACCUCGUGAGAUAGUCCAAGGUGUGAUCCGCCGCUGUAAAGACAGGCUGGGAACCCUUGAGGGUGACUGGGAAUGUGCUGUUCCGGUCCAUUCGUCGGGAUCAUCAACUCCUCUCAACGACUCGGUAAAAGCUAUUCAGGCUGAUGAGACCAGUAAGAGUAAGAGUGAUGGAGGUGGUAAGUCUGGGGUGAAGUCUGCUUUCAAGGAGUUUCUUGGUCGUCACCGAGCGGUUUUUGGCGUUACUGGUUACGGUUGCAAGAACAAGGACGAGAACAGAGAGGUUGGUCUAGCUAACGUAUCCUCUCUGCCGGUUCCCAAGUUUCGAGCCUGGGAGGUGGAAGACUACUCUAAGAAGAAUGGUAACCGUAACGCUAAUGGUGGUGUUCUCAACGGCGACCCCAAGGUUGUGUCAAAAGAAGGGGACAAGCCGAGUCAGGGAAACUAG